GCUAGAGGACGCCGGUCCCCGGCCGUGGGGGGUCAAGCGGCGGCUUCUGAGCGCCGAGGAAAGGGAGCGUGCGUAGGGGAUGGUGCCGGCGCUGCGUUAUUUGGUUGGUGCCUGCGGACGGGCCCGCGGGGGUUUCGCCGGGGGCUUCCCUGGGGCUUGCGGGUCGGCGUCUGGGAGGCCCCGACCGCUGUGUGGAGGUGGCCGCAGCGCCAGCACCAGCUCGUUUGAUAUAGUCAUUGUUGGUGGCGGAAUUGUGGGGCUUGCCUCUGCCAGAGCACUCAUCCUGCGACAUCCAUCACUUUCUAUUGGUGUUCUGGAAAAGGAGAAAGAUUUAGCUGUUCACCAGACUGGACAUAACAGUGGUGUCAUACAUAGUGGAAUUUAUUAUAAACCUGAGUCUCUGAAAGCCAAAUUAUGUGUACAAGGUGCAGCCCUUCUCUAUGAAUACUGUCAGCAAAAGGGAAUUUCCUACAAGCAGUGUGGCAAGCUUAUAGUAGCUGUUGAACAAGAAGAAAUUCCCAGACUUCAAGCCUUGUAUGAGAGAGGCCUCCAGAAUGGUGUCCAGGGCCUGAGGCUGAUCCAGCAGGAGGAUAUAAAAAAGAAGGAGCCAUAUUGUAGGGGUCUAAUGGCCAUUGAUUGUCCCCAUACUGGCAUUGUGGACUAUCGGCAGGUGGCUUUGUCAUUUGCCCAGGAUUUCCAAGAAGCAGGUGGCUCUGUCUUGACCAAUUUUGAAGUAAAAGAUAUUGAAAUGGCUAAAGAAAGUCCUUCAAGAAGUAUAGAUGGAAUGCAAUAUCCAAUUGUUAUAAAGAAUACAAAGGGAGAGGAAAUUCGAUGUCAGUAUGUUGUGACAUGUGCAGGACUUUACUCAGACCGUAUUUCAGAGUUGAGUGGCUGCACUCCUGAUCCUCGAAUUGUACCAUUCCGGGGAGAUUACCUGCUCUUGAAGCCAGAAAAAUGUUAUCUUGUUAAAGGAAAUAUUUAUCCGGUCCCAGAUAGCCGGUUUCCUUUCCUAGGAGUUCACUUCACACCAAGGAUGGAUGGCAGUAUUUGGCUAGGUCCUAAUGCAGUUCUUGCCUUUAAACGAGAGGGUUACAGACCCUUUGACUUCAGUGCCACAGAUGUUAUGGAUAUAAUUAUUAAUAGUGGCUUGAUUAAACUGGCAUCCCAGAAUUUUUCCUAUGGAGUUACUGAAAUGUAUAAAGCGUGUUUUCUUGGUGCAACAGUGAAGUAUCUUCAAAAAUUCAUCCCUGAAAUUACUGUCAGUGAUAUACUUAGGGGCCCAGCUGGAGUAAGAGCCCAAGCCCUGGAUAGAGAUGGAAAUCUGGUAGAAGAUUUUGUAUUUGAUGCAGGAGUUGGGAAUAUUGGAAAUCGUGUUCUUCAUGUGAGAAAUGCACCUUCCCCUGCUGCUACUUCUUCCCUUGCAAUUUCUGGAAUGAUUGCAGAUGAAGUGCAACAAAGAUUUGAAUUGUAAAUAAUGAAAGGAGCUAGGUAUGCACUGUAAUCUCCAUGUCAGCAACAAGAAUGUACUAAUUGCAUUCUUUAAUUUAAAAAAUGGUUUUUAAAAUUUCAUGUUUUGGUCAAAGAUAACCACUGAAUUGUUAAAAUGAUGUUAACAUAGAAAUAAUAAUUUUCUACAAAAAUUAGCUGGGCAUGGUGGCACGUGCCUGUAAUCCCAGCUACUCGAGAGGCUGAGGCAGGAGAAUCACUUGAACCGAGGAGGCAGAGGUUGCAGUGAGCUGGCACUCCAGCCUGGGUGACAGAGCAAGAAAAAACAAUAAUAAUUUUCAAAAUGUUAGGCUGGGGACUGUGGCCAGCACUUUGAGAGGCCAAGGCAGGUAGAUUGUAGCCUAGGAGUUUGAGACCAGCCUGGGCAACAUGGCAAAACGCUGUUUCUACAAAAUAGCUGGGGGUGGUGCCUCUGUAGUUCCAGCUACAUGGUAGGCUGAGGUGAGAGGAUCACUUGAGCCCAGGAGGUCCAGGCUGCAGUGAGCUAUGUUUAUGAUACUGCAUUCCAAGCUGGAUGAUAGAGCAAGAUCUUGUCUCAAAAAAAAAAAAAAAAAAAAAAAAAAUCCAGCCUGGGCAACAUGGUGAAUGAAACCCCAUCUCUACAAAAAAUACAAAAAUUAGCUGGGCAUGAUGGUGUGUGCCUGUAGUCCCAGCUACUUGAGGAGCUGAGGCAGGAGGAUCACUUGAGCCCGGGAGGUCAAGGCUACGGUGAGCUAUGUUCGUGCCACUAUACCCCAGCCUGGGCAACAAAGUCAGUCCCUGACUCAAAAAAUAAAAACAACAACAAAAAAUAAAUUCCAUGCUUAUUUACUUUGUGAAUAAAGAGGCAAGAUACAGUUUUAUCUGUCCUGAAUCCCUGACUUUCUUUUUUUUUUUUAGAUGGAGAUUCACUCUUGUUGCCUAGGCUUGAGUGCAAUGGUGAAAUCUUGGCUCACUGCAACCUCUGCCUCCCAGGUUCAAGCGAUUCCCCUACCUCAACCUCCCGAGUAGCUGGGAUUACAGGCGCCCACCACCAUGCCUGGCUAAUUUUUUUGUAUUUUUAGUAGAGAUGGGGUUUUGCCAUGUUGGCCAGGCUGGACUUAAAUUCCUAACCUCAGGUGAUCCACCCGCCUCAGCCUCAAAGUGCUGGGAUUACAGGUGUGAGCCACUGCGCCCAGCCCUGAAUCCCUGACUUUGUUAAUGACCUGUCCUUACCAACCAUGACCUAGAGAAGAUUUGGCUUUUCAAGAAUUUUGGAGAAAGAUGACAUAAAAAUGGGUUUUUCCUUAAAUCAGUUUUUUAGCAUUAUACUACCUAAGCUCGUGUGGUCUCUCACAGACAAGGAAAUACAUCAUAUUGUAGGUUGCAUUCUUUUAAUUCUGAAGAGUCACAAAACUCACAUUAUUUAGAGCAACAAUAUUUGUAUUUAGAAAUUAAAAAUUCAUGAUUUCAAGAAAAUACAUAAAAUUUACAUUUUUGAGUAGUUUGAAUAAGUUUCUAUCUUAGUUAUAAUAUUUGUCAGAAAUAACAAACUCAAAGCCUUGAUUAUUUUCAGUCGCUUUGUAACUGAUGUGGUAGCAUCAUGAACUCUAAACAGUGGCGCACUGA